UUAAGAUUAAUAUUUGCAGUGAGACAUCGAAUAAACAUAUCUGUCAGAAUUUUGAUAAAUGGUGUCCUUUGAUUCAGUCUUCGCGGAGAGACUGAAACAACUUCAGGCUCAUUGUGAUUUUUGCUCUCUUUUAAAUAGCUUCAGCAUGAAGAGCUCCCAAUAUAAGUCUAAAUAAAAACUGUUCAGUAACAACACUUUUACUUUUGAAGCAUUAAAUGCAGACUAGUAAUGUAAUGUUAUAUUGAUGCAUCUGUGUAUAAAAAAUGUCAAGUCCAGUGCGAUAGUGUUUUCUGCUUAGCCGCCAGGGCUUUAACGAAGGCCUAUUUGUGAUUUAUAAUCCGUUCUUUCUCGAUUUAGUGGCGACCAUUUGUGGAGACGUAUGAGUUUGGCUUGAUAAAAAGGACACAAGCUUGAAUUCAUUGUAGAAGUGUAUCUGGAAAUCAUCACAUAGUUAUUGGCGUGAAGUAUUGCCUGAAUAAGUGGAUUUUGGAUCCCGACAAACAUUAACAAAACAGCAAAUAACAACAAAAAGCAUCUAUCAAAAAAACAAUACAUUUCAUUGGUGUCAGAAACUCCACAAUACCCUCUCGAUUUUGGUAAUGGUGCAUUGUGAUCGUAGAUCUAUCCAUAAAAUGUUUGGAGCUGUUGGAGAGGGAUGACGGUGAUCUGCAUCGUUGUAAAUCAUGCUCAGUAAUUCCUGAAAGGGUGAGAGGCUGUUGGGGGCCGGGCGUGGACUGUAAAUCUUUCACUUUUAUUAGCCCGUGAACAUAUGCUGCAAGGGGAGACGACUCGCAUCCUCUCCUCAGGACAAUCCUGCGCUCGGCCGCGUUCCCAAUCGUUUCAUCUCCAUCUUUCCAUCCAGCUUCAUAUCCAUACAGCACAACCAUAAAGCAAUCAUUCGGACUGAGACUACAUAUAGCAUAACCGUCUUAUAUUUAACCUCUUUAAAAAAAAAAAGAUUUUUUUAAAAGAUUUUUUUUUUUUUUUUUUUAAUUUGAAUGUAUUUCAGAAGCAAUUACAAAACACAAUAAAACAGAAAUGCACAACUAGUAAAAAUCUAGACAUUGAAAGUACCCAUUUUUACACUUCAUACUCACAUAUGGAUCAAUACACACACACUCUUGCUUUUUGAGAAGAACAAUAUAGAAUUUGGGAUGAUUUUGAUGAAUCUCUCUGGCUGACGAGGUCAUACAUUGCUGUCAUUGCCUAAACCAUAAUAGUCAAACAAUAUUUCAGUGGUUUCUUGCAGCCUGUAAUAAACGGAUUUCUUUUCAAAACGGCGAGCAAAAAGUAACAACUAUAUCUGAUAAUAUUCAUCUUAAAUAAGACGAAAAAUUCAUAAUGUUGUUGCUUUCAAAGAUGGUCUGAUCGGCUGGCCCAUAACACUGCGUUAAAUAAAUAAAUAAUAAUAAUAAAAUAAAUAAAAAUAAAUGAAGAUAUUUAAUAAGACAUGGUGGUAUGAAGAAAAAAAAUCAAAUGAUUUGCUGAUUAUCCAAUGAUUUGUCUUUCAAAUAAAUGCAAUGCAAUGAUAAAACUAAUAUAUUUUUGUGCUUCAUAAGCAACGUUUUUGUUUUUAUUAUUAUUCUUUUAUUAUGACUGGGUUUCAAGGCCAUAAUAAACAGCAAUAGUUUUUGGCUUAAAGACACACUUCGAUACAGUGGCUGAGAUCUUGUGCAAAAUCAUUGUACAAUGAUGUGCGGCUGGAGGGAAUGUUACUGCUCUUGCUUUUAAAAUGUAUUUGUGAGGUGAAGCUGGUUGGAGUAGCAGUCUCAAUCAGGACAAUCUGCGAUCCGGAUCACGUGAACAAAUAUGCUUGUAUUUUAAGGCAGCGCCUUUAUUUGUCAUGAUAAGGUUUCCGAAAUAUACUAAUGUCGACUCGUUCGGUGAGCCUGCCUCUGUAAAACGUUCAUUUUUUUCCAAUGGGAAGUUGAUUGCUAGUAAUAUUUCGUUUUGGAAUAAGAAGACCUUCUUGGCUUUUUAUUGGUAGCUGAGUGAGUGGCUCCCAUUCUUUCGGGAAUACUGUCUGCAUUGGUAUAUGGAAAUGCCUGGAAAAGCGCGAGAUCAGUUUUAAGACAGUACUGUCUAUAGACAAAGGGUGAAGGAUAUAUCCGAGCAGCUGUACUGAGAGAUAUUGAGACUAAGAAGCACGGCUAUAUAAUAAAUUGACAUCACAGGUAAGCAAUUGCACGGCAAAACGUAACCUUUAAGCGUGGGUUUACAUUAGGCCGGCGAAAAAUAUGAUUUAUUCCAUUCAAAGCAGCUGAUCUUUAUUAAUGUCAUCGCCUACCAGCUAAGCAAGUACUAUUUGAAGACAUAGAGGUAAAACUGCGAGACUAGUUUACAGAUUUGCGUAACCUUGUCUAUUUUUUGAGGUUUUGCAUGAAAGGUAAAUUCAGUUUUAGAGUUGAUAUUUCAUUUUAUACAUUCUGGUAGCUGAGUUAGCCAUGCACAGGAUAAAACAUCUGUGUCAUACAUUGUGAGAUCGUUAAUCACUUUAAUUUGUGUAAUAGUCAAUGCGAUGUUAGACAUGACAAAUGUGGGCUAGGGUAUUCUUUUAAACAUCCAUGUUUACAUAUAUUUAAACCAGUCUCUCUGUUUUAGAUUGUAAUUCAUAUCAAAUUAAUGGGAUUCAAACACUCUAACAUUACACACAUUUUGAAUGGAAACCAUAUUUCGCAUGCAAUAUAAGAGCAAAAAUUCAUUUAAGAUGCAAUAAUGAAUUAAGAUGUAAAGUUGAUUAUUUUGCCACAUUAAAUAAAAGCAUGCUAUGCAAUGACAAACUAGAUGUUUGAAAACUGACCUAAUAUGGUGGCUUAUAAUAUUAGCUUUGAAGACUAUAUUCUAAUAUAAACUAUUCCCUUCAAGGAUUACAUUUUCUUUUUUGUUUUCAAAUUUAUUUUGGUGUUCUUAGCCCGUUUUGCAGCUGAGCGCUAUUUAAUGAAUGGUAUUACAAAUAUAUAGCAGGUUUUCAGACAAGCGCCUUUGAUUAGCCUAUUUAUAAAUAGUUAUUGUUUCAUAUGCAUUUCACAAAACAUUCAGUUCUUUUCUUGCAGUCUUCUUCAUUUUGCAGUAUCUGACAAGUACGUUGAGGCUCAAUCACAAACGUAUUUGUUUUCGAUUCUACUUGAUUUGUGAGAUGAUACGGGAUUUUUGGCAUUAAUGCACACAUUAUUUCCGUUACAGAAUUUACUAGGGCCUAAACUGAUAGGCAUUUAAAACACUUUUAUACAAAAGAGAUAGCAUGCAAAUUAGUAAUAGAUAAUAAAUAAAUGUGUAUAUUUACAGACCGACUUCCAGAGUCCAUUAUUUUUACAGCCUAUUGUUCUAUUAUGAGUACCAAACUUACCGUGGGAGUGCGUGGGCGAAAACACGCUCGCCUAAUAAAGGCAGACCAUGUUCGGCUGACUUGGUCGCUUCAUUUAUCCCAUUAAGACUUUGAACAUGACACACAAGUUUAAAAUACAGGCUACGUGCAUUCUCUUGUUUUCAUUACAUUUGCCAACGUUGCGGUCCAUCGCCAAAUAACAAUAAUAUUAAUAGUAUUAUUAAUCCCAUAGGCUAGUUCAAAAGUGAUGUCCUCGUCUCGUGUUUUCGAAAGGAUUUUCAGAGUGAAACAGAACAGGUCGUCUGUCUGAGAGGAUGAGGAUUAAAAUCUCGACUUCAGGCUCGCGCUUGGUUUUAAAAUCACGGUGAAAAAGUUGUGUGGUGUGGAUUGCAUUGUGACUUGAGUCCCUUCCGUCCGUUGUUCAUUAAUCAGUGAGUUAUUGGAGAGGAAGCCAAAGGUCAGCUAAAAGGCUUAUGAGUGCUAAAUAUUUUGGCCAGCAUCUCUUUGUGUAAAAUCGCUUAUGUCGGUUUUUUUUUUUUCUCUCUCUCUCUCUCUCAUGCAGCUUUUACUGCUCUCAAAACCAGUCUAAUCUUCUAGGUACAAAAUAAAUUCGUUCAUUAAAAAAUGAGACUUCAUGUAAAACAUGUUAUAAAUUUGUGGUCUCAUCGCUGAUGGCCGUGAAUUCACAUCCAGAAUGUAAAACUGAACGAUAGCUGUCAUUUUGCAAAUGAAAACGUAAAAGUGUUGGCCACAUAAGUACUCAGCGGUAACGCAUAGAACCAAUUAGAGCAGCCUUUAUAAAUUAAACGGGAGCGGGAAGGAAAAAACUAUCAACAAUUUAAAUCAUUUUUAUUCUUUAGGUCGCCGUAUAAAUGAUGAAGAUUGCUUGAGGAGAAAGAGAGGAGAGGAAACCACAGACUGCGCAGGUCAAAGGACAGAAAAUCUGUGGGAAGCUCCAAUCACGUGAUUGGCAAGUCCAUGCAACUGGAACUGGAAGUUUGAACCUUCACAAUGCAGAAAGCCACUUAUUAUGACAACGCUGGACUUUUCGGAGGAUAUUCGUACCCUAAAUCUGACUCCUAUACAUACGGUGCUACGCACCAGGGCUUCUCAUCCUCCAGCAUAGAGAAUGACUAUCAAAAUCCUAUCUGCCCCAUUCAAACCACAUCAGUCCGGCCACCAGCACAUAAAAACGGAGACAUCAAUGGAAGUUGUAUGCGACCAAGUGCCAGCCAGGGCAACAGCCAACCAGAGAGUAUCAGCGAGCAGCAGCAGCAGGCUGCUCCUUUAGCAGCCAGCUCACCCAGCCCUAACACCAACUCUACACAAAAAAAGAAAUCUCCCAGCACCACUGGCUCCAGCACUGCCACCCCAGUCAUCACCAAGCAAAUUUUCCCAUGGAUGAAGGAGACCCGCCAAAACGCAAAGCAGAAAAGCACCAACUGCCCAACUGCAGGAGAAACCUGCGAUGACAAGAGUCCACCUGGCCCUGCCUCGAAGCGAGUGCGCACUGCCUACACCAGCGCCCAACUAGUUGAACUGGAGAAGGAGUUUCAUUUUAAUCGCUACCUGUGCCGCCCCAGAAGAGUGGAGAUGGCUAAUCUGCUCAAUCUCACCGAGCGCCAAAUAAAGAUCUGGUUUCAAAACAGGCGGAUGAAGUACAAAAAAGAUCAGAAAUCUAAAGGCAUAAUGCACUCUCCCCUAGGACACUCUCCGGACAGAAGCCCGCCGUUAAGUGGCUCGAAUCACAUUGGAUAUUCUGGUCAGCUUCCGAACGUAAACAGCCUGAACUACGACGCGCCAUCUCCUCCGUCAUUCGCCAAACCGCAACAGAAUAUGUACGGCUUGGCAGCCUACACGGCGCCAUUGGGAGGCUGCAUACCGCAACAGAAAAGGUACCCGGGAACAGAGUACGACCACCACAGCAUGCAGGGGAACGGCAGCUUUGCUAAUGCUAAUUUACAAAGUAGCCCUGUGUACGUCGGCGGAAACUUCGUUGACUCAAUGCCAGCUUCGGGCCCCAUGUUCAACCUCGGUCAUCUUCCCCAUCCCUCAUCCGCUAGUGUGGACUACAGCUGUGCCGCUCAGAUUCCGGGUAACCACCACCAUGGACCGUGUGACCCCCACCCCACAUACACAGACCUCAGCUCUCACCACGCGUCUCAGGGAAGGCUGCCGGAUGCGCCAAAACUCACGCAUCUGUAAGGAUCCCAUCCGUGUGCUUAAGCGCAAAUGUCGCUUUUUUAUUACCUCACUAGUUAAACUAAUUUAUAAAACUACACUCCGAGAGAAACAUACCGUAUUAUCCUGUAUUAUUAUUAUUAUUGAUAUUACUA